AGAUUAAUGUGUACGUAACAGUUUCAGCAUGGUACGUUGCUGCUGUUAGUUUCAAAGUUCAAAUGUGAACGUCUUUUUACUUGGCACACAUGGAUUAUAAGACAAUGAAAGAAGAAUUUCAGGAAAUAUAAGGUUUGUGGCUAAAAGCAUAGACAAUGGCUGACAGCAACGAGAUGACAAUCAACGUUGUUGUCCUUGGAAGAACUCAGACUGGCAAAAGUGCUGCUGGGAACAGCCUGCUAGGCAGCGAUGACUUUGAAAGCCAGCUCUCCCCCAGCUCCGUGACUACAUGCUGCAGCCUGGGCCACAGCUGCCGCAUUUCAGGGAUUACGCGACGGAAUGGCUGUGAGCUUGCUUUCCGUGUUCGAGUACUUGACACUCCAGGCUAUCCCCACAGCAGCCUGAGCAAGGAACAGGUGAGAGAGAUGGUGCGAUCAGCCCUGGCUCACCACUUCAAGGAGGAAGGCCUGCAUCUAGCUCUUUUGGUCCUGAGGGCUGACCUGCCUCUGUGUCCGGAUGAAAUCGAUCACACAAUUCAGUUCAUCCAGGAACUUCUGGGUGCCACAUGGAAGGAUUUCACUGCGGUUUUACUUACUCAUGCAGACAAGGCAAAAGAAGCUGGAUACAGUGAGGAAGCAUAUUUGCGCAGUGCCUCAAGUACCCUGUUGUCCCUACUGAGCUCAGUGCAGCACAAAUAUGUUUUUCUGGACAGCCAGAAGAGCAUAAUUAAAGAGGAAAGAACUAUUGUCUUAAGAAAGCUCUUGAAUUUUAUAAGACAGAAUAAUUAUCAAGUGCUUCUACUUAAACAAAGCAAAGAAUAAAAUUAACUUUCAGGUA